AUGGGGGUGGCAGUGGUCAGUCACGUCAGGGCCCUCCCACAGGCCUCCUCCAUGUCAGUGGGCCUGCAGGGAGACAGCUCCUUGCAGGUGGAGAUCUCUGAUGCCGUCAGCGAGGAGCGGGACAAGGUGAAAUUCAUUGUUCAGACCAAGAGCUGCCUGCCUCACUUCGCCCAGACUGAGUUCUCCGUCAUGCGACAGCAUGAGGAGUUCAUCUGGCUGCACGAUGCCUACGAGGGAGAUAAUGAGAGGUCUCCCAGCUCUGUCCUCCUUUGAGCAGAUCCCCCUGCCCCUCCACGGUCAGACUUUGAGGCUUCAAAGGAAAAACUGCAGAAGCUGGAUGAGGAAGACCGCUCAAUCACACGGCAAGAGUUUGCCAAAAUGAAGCAGGAGCUUGAAGCGUGACUGCCUCCUGUCCUCUGUGGGGAAUACCUGGCUAUCUUCAAGAAGACAGUUACGAUCCAUGAAGUCUCUCUGCAGCGACUGGCAGCUCACCCCACCUUGUGUCGAGACCACAACUUCUUUGUCUUUUUGGAAUAUAGCCAGGAUCUGACUGUCCGAGGAAAGAACAGGAAGGAGCACCUUGGGUUUCUGAGGAAUAUCAUGAAGUCUGCAGACGAAGCCCUCAUCACUGGGAUGUCAGGGCUCAAGGAGGUGGAUGACUUCUUUGAGCAUGAGAGGACCUUCCUGCUGGAGUACCACACCUGCAUCCAGGACGCCUGUCUGUGGGCAGACCAAGUCAUGCACUCAUGAGUACACCCAUGCCUGGCAGAUGAUUACAUGCCUAUCUCAGCUGCACUGAGCAGUCUGGGAUCACAGGAAGUCAAACCAGCUAAAGACAGCUUCUUCAAAUUGGCAGAGCUCUUUGAACGGUUAAGGGAGCUGGAGGGCCAAGUGGCCUCUAACGAGGACCUGAAGCUGUCGGAUAUGCUGAGAUACUACAUGCGAGACUCCCAGGCAGCCAAGGAUCCUGUGCCCUUGCCGGCCCCAGGACUGCUGUCCUGGCAGCUGCUGGCUCUGGCAGACUACAAGAAUGCCAACAAGGCGCUGGACAGGGCCCGCACCAUCAACCAGGUGUGGGCUACGGAGAGCCAUCAACCCUGUGCCUCUCGGACUCAGCCAGGCAGGCUAAGCCCCGUGCCCCGCGAGCCCUGCUCUGACUUCAAAUCCCAUGGAUCUUCCUUCCAUGAGAACCUCACUGAGCUGGGCGAGCUGGAGCUCAAACACACCAAAGCCAGCACCCUGCUUCUCCGGAGCACCCUUGUCAUCCUCAAGGGGGAGCCUUAG